AAAGGCCUCUUCGUGGCCCAUCCGCGCCGCGCAGGCGCACGCCCACGCAGCGCCUAGCCGCCGUACCCGAGCGUCCCGUCUCCUAGCAACCAGCGCGCAGCCCCUUUCUCGCGACUUUUCCGGGACACCGCACCUGGGGAGAAUGCGCGUGCGCAUGACUGUUUUCCUCCCACACACUCACCUAGGUGCUUUAGGGUCAUUCCUCUGCGCUUUUCCUAGGGAUCUGAAAUCCUUCUGGACCCACGUUCAUUAGAACAGCUGCUCUUGGGCACAGCUUCUGCUACAGCCAGGGCAAGUUUUGAAGUCCACUCCUUGGUCCGGUCACCAGCUCCAGACUCCUGGGAGUGACCCGCAUGUCCCGGUGAGCGCCGGCAGCCUCUUGUCUGGGGAGCCCGUGGACCCAAGGCUUCAGCAGCCUUGCACAGUUGAGUCAAGCUGGAGGCGGAAGGUGACCGUAAAACCCAUCUUCCACUAAUCAGUCCCCUUCCGAGUCCUCUUUCCAGAAAAACUGGCCGUGGAUAACAAAGAAAAGGAAUCUUCCUGAGAGAGUGUAAGACAUAUUAUAUUGCAAAUUUCUAUCCACCUUUCAGAGCCUAUCUGUGACCCUUGAUGUAGCCCUCAUCCCUCUUUGGAAACCUCUCCGAAAAUCUCACUCAAGUUUACAUACUCACUUUUCUCAACAGUAAUCAAAUUGAAGAUACAUUCGUACUACUUUAAAAAGCCAUCUCCAAAUUACCCAAUGGGAUUUCCUCUUAGUAAAUCUACUCGGAUAUCUGCCAUUCAAGUGGAUGCAAAAGUAGACGAUCACUUAAUACAAGGGACUGAGAAAAGCAGUUUGGGGCCGGUCACUCGAUUAUUUCAGAACACCAAGAAAAUAAGAUUAGAAGACACAAACCAAGAGAACUUCACAAAACUUGAAGGGACUGGCACAGGAUCUCUUUCAGAGAAAGCUUUGGUUUCAGUGGAAUAUAUUAAAGAAAGAGAUGGAACAGAAAUGACAGAUGUGGAAUGAAAUACCAUGUAUGCGUUACCAAAGAAACCAAAAAUGGCUUUCAAUUAAGAGGUGUUAUUGAGACCGAACAGCAUUAGGAACACCUAACAAAAUGAAGGAAGAUGUGUUUUAUUUUUCACUAUCUAUGAAUCAUCUUAAACUACAUCUUUUGAUGGUGCAUAUUGAAAAGGCAGUCCGUCAGGUUAGGGAGAAAAAAAACUUCCAAAUUCAAGGCAGAUUUCUCUGGGAUUAUAUUCCAACUUUCAUAAAAAGAGUUCUUUGCGGCAGUACUUAAGUGACCCUGAAGCAUUUCUCUGUAAUUGUAAAGAAUUUCAUUAUUUCAUUAAUGAGUGGUUUUAAAAUGAAGUGUCCUAGCAAUUUGUCAUCAGUAUUUUACACUAUGUCUGGUGUACCACUUCUGUGUGUUGCAUUUUCAGUUUGGCACUGUAUCUUCCUAAAGUUUUCAUUUCUGCUCUGCGAAAGGUCACUGCAGGUAAACUCAGCAAAA